GUUCACGUUCACGUUUUAUAAACAAAACAAACCAUGGGGAAAAACUUAGAGUGGUUUCAGAAGGCAUUUUAUAAUAUUUCUCAUGACCAAGAUGUGAUAAGUAAUUUAUCUGAAAUAAAAAUUGCUCUCUCUGUUUUGAACUCCAGCCAGCUGAAGUACAAUACAUCAAGUUUGAAUUUAUCAGAAAUCUUUGAUUGUCUGAACAGUUCAGCUAAAAACCAAAUAGAGCUAGCAUGUGAAGUCCUUAAAACAUUUCUAUCCGCUCUCGACCCGGCAGUUAUUCUGAGUCAAUAUGGUGUUGCUGUGAUUCGAGCUCUUAAACAUCCAAAUGUAGACGUCAAACAACUAGUUCUUGAAGAGUUGAACCGUGCAGCCUGUGAGAGUGAUCUGGCCCCUCGCCUCAGUCAGGAGCAGGAGUUGCUGUUGUGUGUGGCCGAGUGUGUGGCUCACGAGGAGGUGGCAGUAGCUCGCAGCAGCAUACAGUUCCUAGUUAGGCUCGGCUCAUCAACAACGGGGCUAGCAGCUGUCUACUCCCCAGCCAUGCUACAUGCUCUAGCCGCUGUCUCACAAACAAACGAUACCAAUCGGUUCCGCGUAUAUGAGAUUGCGGUUGAAAUCAGUGUCAAUUCAAUACCGGGCUUGGAGGCGAGCAAGGCCAGCAACAUCUUGGAGAGUCUGCUCUCAGAACUCAAAAAAGACGAUGUGCUUCUUUUGCUCAACACGUUGGAGUUUAUCACCAAGUUGGCUCUGACGUACCAUGGUUUUGGUUAUUUGGAGUCGCACGGAGUUGUGCAUCAUCUUUCCACUCAGAUAAACAAUAUUGAGAAUAAUCCUUUGGCAUCACUAGUGCUUUCAGGUUUGAUCAAGUUUUUUGGCAAUGUUGCUCAACUGCGACCCCAAGAGACAUUUCGGGACUAUCCAAGAGCUAUAGAAACUAUCUUCAAAACAUUGAACAGCGACGACCAAAGUUUAGUGUGUGUGGCCUUAGAGACCAUUGGGUUCAUAGGGACUACUCCUGCUGGCAAGCGGACACUUCACAAGCAAGGAACUGUAAUGAAGGGUGUAAUGAAGAAAUUGGAUGAAAUAGUUUUAAAGUGGCCUUCAGAAAGCAGGGUUCGAGGCUUGAACAGUUUGGCCAACCUUCUUAGAUUAGAGCUCAGUGAACAAGAGUCAGAGCUUCUUGGGAUAUUGGAGGAGUGGUUCACAGAGAUGGGUCCACCAGCACAGGUGAUGACUCACAUAGUUGAUAUGGCACGUCAGCCCUUCCCUGACAUCAAGUUGGCAACAAUGCUGUUGGUACAGGUGCUGGCAGAGCAGCCGUGGAGUCAGAGACUUAUACAUGACACACCAGAUAUGGUGUGUCAGCCCUUCCCUGACAUCAAGUUGGCAACAAUGCUGUUGGUACAGGUGCUGGCAGAGCAGCCGUGGAAUAUGGCGUGUCAGCCCUUCCCUGACAUCAAGUUGGCAACAAUGCUGUUGGUACAGGUGCUGGCAGAGCAGCCGUGGAGUCAGAGACUUAUACAUGACACACCAGAUAUGGUGUGUCAGCCCUUCCCUGACAUCAAGUUGGCAACAAUGCUGUUGCUACAGGUGCUGGCAGAGCAGCCGUGGAGUCAGAGACUUAUACAUGACACACCAGUGAUGAUUCAUGUGGUAGAUAUGGUGUGUCAGCCCUUCCCUGACAUCAAGUUGGCAACAAUGCUGUUGCUACAGGUGCUGGCAGAGCAGCCGUGGAGUCAGAGACUGAUACAUGACACACCAGGUCUGGUAGAACUGCUGUUGGAUAGAGAAGGGAGCUCGACAAUGCAGGAGAAGGCAGCCAGGUUUGCAGUGAUUAACAUUUUGGCAGAAUCCCCAACUUCGGAAACUAUAUUUGGCGAAGAAACUGUGAAAAGAUUCAAGAGGUUCACUGAGGAAGGAGCUGUUUACGUUCCAAUCCAGACUGAAGUAGCUAUUGAAAAAGCUGACUGAACUAGAGAUAAGGAUUGUAUUAUUGUAUUAUUUUUGUAAGACUUAAUAAACUGUUUAUUAAAGUUUA